GAAGUUGGCCAUUUACUUUGGAGUAGAGAGAGGCUAGGAGUGAUUUUGUUAAGUGAUUUUUCUAAACUAGUUACAAAGAUUAUGGUGCUAUAGUUGGGAUUUGAGUGUGUUUUUCAUUAGAAGGAGUUUUUAUAAUUUAGUUUUUUUCAUUUGUUCUAAUAUUGUAAAGAUGUCGUCACUAAGUUUAAGUUUAGGAUUUAGCUGUUUUAAAAGUUUGAAAGGAGUAAGAAUGGGGUCGAGUUCCAUUGGGACUAUGGUUCUACUAUGUGUUCUUGGAAUAUGGACGAACCUGGCAUCGGGUUAUAACGUUGAUGUCGAUUCACCUUUGAUACAUGCUGGAGAGACUGGAAGUAUGUUUGGUUAUGCUGUUUCACAACAUAUAGACCAAGCAACAAGUUGGUUAUUAGUGGGUGCCCCCAAAGGUAUUACGUCACAACCGGGUGUGAACAGGGCCGGUUCUGUAUUUAGAUGUAGGACAGAUCGAAUAGAUUACUGCCAAGAAAUACCCUUCGAUUCUAAAGGUAAUAAUAUACGAUGGGAUGGGAGUAAAUACGUAGAUAUAGAAGAUAAAUCAGAUCAGUGGUUCGGCGCCACCGUACAAAGUUCAGGAGAAAAUGGUGUCAUUGUGGCGUGUGCUCCACGAUAUACAUAUUUUUCUACAACAUUUGAUAAAAGAGAACCAGUAGGUACAUGUUUUGUGGCAAAGGCGUCCACGACAACGUAUGAGGAAUUUUCACCAUGUCGAACAGCGGUAGACAGUCGACUACGAUUUCGAGACCAGUUUGAUCGACAAGGGUAUUGUCAAGUUGGACUUGCCGCAUCCAUUACAAAUAAUGGAGAAAAACUGAUGAUUACUGCUGUUGGGAGUUAUUACUGGCAGGGUCAGUUAUAUAAUUAUAAGAUAGAUGAACCAGAUAAUGUGGUGAAAACCAAUGAAGGUCCAGCAACUGAUGAUGACAGUUAUAUGGGUUAUUCGAGCAGUGUUGGUGAUUUUGAUGGCGAUGAUAUUGAUGAUUUUAUUGUUGGUAUUCCUAAAGCAGAACAGCAUCUCGGAAAAGUGGCCAUGUUUACACAAAAUUUUACGAACAUCGCAAACAUCACUGGCGAGCAGGUUGGAUCUUUUUUUGGGUAUGCCUUGGCAGUCACAGAUUUAGAUGGUGAUGAAUUAGAUGAUGUAAUAGUUGGAGCUCCAUUUUACAGUGAUUAUUCAUCAUCCACUGUUUACGACACAGGACGUGUUUAUAUCUACUAUCAACAAACUACCAAUAAAAAGUUCAAAGAAAAUAGGAAAGAUAUUUUAGAAGGAUCUGACAGUAAAUCACGAUUUGGUUCGGCUUUAUCUAAAUUGGGUGAUAUUAACUAUGAUGGAUACAAAGAUCUGGGUGUUGGAGCUCCAUAUGCUGGUGAUGAGGGACGAGGUGCCAUCUAUAUUUAUCAUGGUUCUAUAAAAGGAAUUAUUACACAAGUUUCUCAGGUGGUCCAUGCGAAAGAUAUUACAACUGGGUUAUCUACGUUUGGUCAUUCUUUAUCAGGUGGUUGGGAUCAAGAUGGUAAUUCAUAUCCAGAUUUGUUGGUAGGAGCGUAUGCGUCGGAUAAAGCUAUAUUUUUAAGAACGAGACCCGUUGUACGAGUUGUUGCUAGUUUAAAGAUUGAACCAGAGAUGAUUAAUCUAGAAAAGCGAUCGUGUAGUUUAGUCGAUGAUACAAGAGUUGCCUGUUUAAACAUCUAUACAUGUCUAGAAUAUAAUGGUAUUGGAGUUCCAAAUGAAUUAUAUUUUGAUAUUGAGUGGACUUUAGAUACCCUACAGCAGAACAAAACCUUGGAAGAACAGAGAGCUUAUUACUUGUUGUCAGGGCUCAUUACUAGACAAAAUAAAACAAUUAAACUUACCAAACAAGAUACAUGGUGUGAUCCUACAUUUGCUUAUGUCAAGAAUGAACCUAGAGACAAGUUGACACCAAUCGCUGUUGAUUUUAAAUUUAAACUUAACGAGCAACCGAAGAAAGAUACACGGGAUCUGGUUCCAAUCCUAGAUCAGUAUAUACCACAGCAAGUCAGACAUCAGGCCCAGAUAUUAAAACACUGUGGUAAAGAUAAUGUGUGUAUACCAGAUCUAGUUGUCAACUCAUUCAGAGUUUCCGCUGCCCAUAUUAUUGGUAGUGAUUCCGAAUUAGAAAUAUUGGUUAUGGUAGAAAAUCGUGGCGAGAACGCCUUCAACUCUCAAUUAUGGGUGACUCUACCUCAUGGUGUGUCUUAUAGAAAUAUUCACGGAAUACAAGCCGUUGUACCAGUUAGUUGUGGAUCUGAAACGAUUGAAGAUGAAAUUUUAGUUAUUUGUGAUCUUGGUAAUCCGUUACCGAGUCGAGCCAAGACAAAUUUUACCCUUCGAGUUUCACCAAAAGAAGUGAACGGAUCAAUGGAUCAACUUGUCUUUGCUUUAAAUGUGAACAGUUCUAAUAUAGAGAAUUUUACAGAUACUGUCAAUAAUUUUGCCAGUGUUUCUAUUCCUGUGACUGCGUCUGCAGAUCUUCAACUUUACGGAAAAUCUACACCUGAACUGAUUAUAUUUAACGCUACCGAAGCCAAAAAAUAUGCCAGAGAAAACAGACGACCAACAAUUGAACAUUUAUUUGAGUUACGUAAUCUAGGACCUAGUGCUACAAAGACAACAGAAUUAAAUAUUUACUGGCCGAGUCAUAAUGAUGAUGGUACGCUGUUGUUACGAUUAGCUCGAAAACCAGUAAUACAGAAAGGAGAGGGAAAUUGUUUUACUUUCUUCUUAUCGCCUUCUAAUUAUUCUUCAUUCCAAUACGAUGAUAAUUUAAACAAAAAUCGUGAUGUUGAUGUUAUUUUACAAGAAUCAAGAAGCAGAAGUAAACGAGAAGACGCCGCCAGAGAAGUUAAAUGUACGAAUCGUUGGUGUUUGAUUAUACGAUGUAUUGUUGGACAGAUGGAAUCUAACGAUAAUUUUCUAAUCAAAAUAACUGGACAGCUUUAUACAGAUUCAUUAAUCAGUUCUGGUUCAGCAGAGACCUUAAUGUUGACAUCAAGAGCCACAGCACAAGUCACAUCCGUGCCAUAUGAUCUCAAAAAUUUAGAUAUAAGUUUAUUUAGUGAAGCGACCAGAGAGGUUAGUACAGCAGUAAAUCCUGAUAAUUUAGUACCGAGACAGAGACCAAUAGAAAUCUGGAUUAUUGCUGUAUCGAUAUCAGCAGGUUUAUUAGUCUUAUUGUUAAUUAUUAUAUUACUGUGGUGGUGUGGAUUCUUCAAACGACGAAAGCCAGAAGAUGAAGGAUACAUGAUGGCUAACGGUAAACAUGAUAUUGAUGAUAAACAGUGGGAAUAAAUUCAGUGCUUUAAAACAUAACCACCAAAUUCCUAAUCAUGUGACAUUUGAAACCGUCCAAUUAAAAACUGUGGUUACCUGUUCGAAUAACGAAGACAUCUGAUGAAUAUGUCGUUGUAAAUUAUUUAAAUAUUGAGUUGCAUGUUAGCUUUAAAUUUUCUCAGUUACAGAAACAAAAAGAUCAAGAUUUUUUGUACAGUUUUUUUUUGUUCAUAUGUCUCUGUUAUGUUUAUGAUUUAUUUAUGUUAAGUUAUGGUUUUUAAAUUGAAAUCCACAGACUAUAACAUCUGGAUAUUCUAGUCAAAGGUAGUCGUGAUUUAAGCCUAAGAAAACAGACAUAUUUUAAUUCAGGUUUUAUUUAUUGAAAUCAGGUAUAAAGUAACCAUUAAGUUUUUGCCGCUUGGAAAGAAAUAUCCAAUAAAAGGUUUCCAACUGAAGAGAUUUGUUAAAAUAGGCAGACUUGUUUAUAUUACAUGACCCCUGUAAGAACUUGAUUUGUGAUGUAUGAUUUCAUGAUUUAACAGUAAUAUCACAUCAUUUUAAACAGAGUAGAAACUACAAUUGUACCUUUACAAUAAAUAUUAAUUACAAUUGUAGGCUACCUUUAAAAUAAAUAUUCAUUUAAAGAAUCUCAGGAGAGAAGUAAGAAUCUCUAACAUUCCACAGAAUCUGUGGCUUAUGUUUAUAAAUCCAUAACAUUCAUUGUGUUCCUUCAAAAUAUGAGUUAUUUCCCUUUCUUUUCCUCGAAAGAACACACUUGUCAUUCAAUCUGUCAUCUCAAAUGUUGUAUUCUGUGUUUUGUCCCAAGUUUUGUAGAGAAGGGAAUCCAGGAAUUAACGCAAGAACACUGGAAUGUUUUCUUUGACUAGUUUAAAAUUAUUAGAUGUUUCUUUCGUGGAUUUGGAUAUGUGGAAUAUCUUAUUUUGUAGGCCAAUUUUGUUAGCGUUCAUGAAAUUUUGGUAUUUGAAACUUCGCUCAUUUUGUUUCUAGAAAGGAAAGAAAAAGCAAAAACGCCUGCCCCUGAAAAGCCUGCCCCUGAAAAGCCUGCCCCUGAAAAAUUUUAGUAAGUUUUGGAAAAUCCUGAUCGAUUUUUGGUUUUGGGUAUUUUUGUUCUUGUCACAUAAAUUUAUAAAAAUUUGAUUAACAAAAGUUGUGGAUUUUUAUUUUAUAGAUUCUAUUUAACAAACUUAUGUUGGUAUUUUGGGAGAAAAAUAACUGAAUUUUGAAUUUAUCAAUUUGUUCAAUUAAUUCUAGUCUCAAUAUUGUACUUUUAUGAUUUUAAGCAAAUUUUGGUAUUAUAUUAUUUUUUAAAAACUUUUUAAACAUUAAUUUUUCUGUUAUUUAAUAUUUAUGGUUUUUGGUUUAUUUGAAUUAUUUAAGGAAACCUUUUUUUAAAUUCUAGAGGUUCUCUUUAAAGAAUUUGUAAGUUUAUUUGAAUGGGCGAUAUUUUUUGAUAUACUGCCGCAGAUCGGCGACUGUUGACAUCACAAUUGUCCGUCUGUAAUCUGUCAAAAAUAAUAUAUAAACUUAUUUAUGAAAAUGAAUAUACUGAAAUAUUUUGAUACAAAUUAUUCUUCUAAACAUACAUUUUCUUGUUUGUAUUCCAUAUAUAUAUAUAUAUAUAGGUCUAGUUGCACAAAAGGUACGUAAAUUUGUAAAAUUGAACUUUUGUGUGAGUAAUUUUACAAAUCCUUUGUGUAGCAUUGCUGUGGUUAUUAUUUGCCUGUUGAUAUCAUAAUAUGCAUAAUAUUAUAUUUGUUUUGAAUUUAAACAUUUUAGUCAUAAUAUUAUAGUUUUAUACAUUAAAUUUUCUGUAUAUUAUUUCUCUUCCAUAUUACAAUCCUAAAGACGGGACUACUUUAAAAUGAAAUCCAUGACAUGCUUAUUUAUUUAUUUACGCAUCUUAACAGGAGCAGUAAUAUCUCAAGGUCAUGGUCAACAGAACUAUUAAACAAACUUCAGUGUGGCACAAUUGGAAUUUAUUAUGGAUGUGUUUCGUUGUCGCAAUGUGAAGUCCAAACAAAAAAGGGAAGUAACUUGACAGUUUCUCUUGAAGAGGAUAUUCCACAAGAUUUAGGUAUGAUUUGCCUGAAUGACAUCAAGUGCGAAAUCAGGAGUAGAAAAUUACACAACAUUUUACUAAAACAAAUUCUUAGUUUGUUGUGAAACAAAUUGUAUUUUAUUAAAAACUAUAUGAGGUCUUUCAGUGAAGGAACGGAGGGUGUAUACCUGGGUGCUUGUGUUUUAUUGCAGCCUUGACAGACGCGAUAUAAACUAAUAGAUCACUUUUAUAAGCAGGACCCAGACCACGAAACAUAGAUUUUGUGUAAACAAAAAGCUUUUUUAUACUUGAGCUAAAAUUUAGAUGAGCUAAUAGAUUAUUUCGUGAUCAUGGGUCUUUUAUUCAUGUGAAGAAUGUAGGCCUGCAACGUGCUUUCUGUUCAUAAUGAGAUAGGCCUACAAGGUGCAUGGUGUUCCGAUAGGCCUACAGGCCUACAAGGUGCUUGGUGUACAGAUAGGAAUACAUGGUGCUUGGUGUUCAGUUAGGCCUACAAGGUGCUAAUUAAGAAAGAAGAAAUUUAGUGUUCAAAUUGUAUAUGCUGCUCAUCUGUGCCAUUUGAAUAUAACCAGAAAUGAGUGAUUUGUGUAGAGCACAAACAUGUCCCAAUAUUAUAAAUAGUAAUAAUAUAUUCUAAUUGCUUAUUUUAUAUACGAAGUAAUCACUUUUCUAUGCAAACUGUUGAAUGAGAUGUAGAUAUAUUAUAUGAUUCAGAUAUUAGAGUUUUUUUUAAAUAGUAAGAUUUGGUUGGUGUAGAAGUAACAAUUAAGUUUGAGAUUUUAUUUUAACCCUUUGAACUUGUAACUCCUGGGGCCUUGAUUCACAAAAAACGUAAGCUAAAAUAUUUUAAAGUUGCAUUCAUUUCUCACUCCUAGUAUAGAUUUGAGCUGUUGACUAAUGUAAAACCUGGAUUAUUUAGUUUUUUGUGAAUCAAGUCUAGUGUGAGUCAACAAUAUUGCCUUAGUUUAAAGGUAGAGAAAAAACUGAAUUAAUCAGAAAAAUUGAGAUAAUUGGCUCAAAGGGUUAACAUUAAGAAGAUUUGAUAUUAUAUAUUAUUUUAUGUUAUAGUUAUUUAUUUAAAUUCCGUAGCAUAUUAUUUUUAGCUGUAAGAUCUGUUCAUAAUUUAAAAUUAUAUGAAGACGUGAUCCAGAAAAAGAUUCUUUCGAAGUUUGUUUAUUUUAUAGAUGUACCAACUCAAUAGUUCAAGGUCCAGUACCUAGAUAAUAAGAAACUUAUGAAAGGAUCUUACAGCUGAGUCUUAAUCCAAAAUUUCUGUCUUGAUAUUUGAAAAAUAUUAAGUGAUUACCAUGGAGAUUGCCACGACUACCAUAAAUAUUGUCAAAACUAUCAUGGCGAUUACCAUGGGGAUUACCAUGACAUAUGAACCCAUUGUAAAGUCUCCAUUAGAGAAAAUUGCAAUAUAAAAUGGGAAUACAGAAGUUUUAUGAUUAUUAAAUUAUAAAUACAGUGGAAUUCAUUUAAUUAAUAAUCUGUUAAUAAAUAUUUCUUUCUGUUUAUCAAAAUAUAAUUUAUUCGAGCUGAUGUAUGUAAUGGACGUGGUAUCCCUCUCAAUACGAUUCCAGUUGAUCCCACAAUAACGGUGUCAUCGAGGUUAACCCCUAUUUCCAUUCAUCCUUCUAAAAAUAAAUAAAUGAAAUGGCGCUUAACAUCCUUCAUCUCUGCUUCUCCCGGGUUAAUGGAGACAGGGGCCAAACACUAUCUGGGUUAAUGAAGACAGGGGCCAAACACCAUCUGGGUUAAUGAAGAUGGGGGCCAAACACCAUCUGGGUUAAUGAGGAUGGCAUAGGCCAAACAGUGUGAAAUUUUGCCGGGCCAGCAAUGCCUUGCCCUACUCUCAUUUAGAAUACCAACCACAGGGUUUAUGACCUAUCCAAACAACUAGAUUAUGUUCCUACUAAGUAGUAAGGUUCCUUUAUUGUUUUUUAUUAAAACAUACAAAGCAUCCAUGUUAUUCAGAAUUAAAUUAAGUGAGUUUCACUCUAUAGAAUAUAGUGUAUAUAUAUGUAUGAUAUUACUAUAGUUAGUUCUUAUUAAUGCUUGUAAAAUAAUAUCUUAUGUGUAUUAAAAUUUCAUACAACUUUUUAUAUUAAAAUUUAAGAAGUUAUCUCAAUUUAUCUCUAUUUUUUUAAGGACUUAAUGAUGUUGUUUUACUGUGUCCAGAAAUAGAUAAAAAUUGAUCAAAUUCUUAAUUUUUUAAAAAAAGUUGGAAAUAUAUAACUAUGGAACAUCAAUGUUUAAGUGUGUAUGGUUUUUUUUACGCUUUUUUUUAGGUUUACAAAUGUCCAUGAGUCCAUGACAUUGAUCAAAAUGUUAUUGUUUUAUGUUUUUGCCUUCAUUAAAAUCCAAACAUCUUCAUAUUUAUCAUAAUAUUUUUAUAUGUAAAAGUUUGAAGUUCUUUUAAUGGACUCUCGACUGAAUGGUCAACUCAACCCUCUAUUUCAUUAAUUAUUUCAGUGUUUUAAAUUCCUUAAUUGUUUAGGAUUCAAAUCUGUUUUUAGUUUAUGAAUAUUUAGGUUAAGAUUAUUUAAAAUUCAUGGAUUAAUUUGAUGUAUAUUUAUUUAAUCUGAAUUGAAAGAAAUUUUUACUUAAAUUUUUUUUUCGUAGCCUAAAGAAUGAGUUGAUCAUUAAGGCCUGUUGUUAUUAGAAGAAAUUUUUUUUCCAUUUUCAUUCAAUAUUUCAAUGUAAAAUAUUGUAACUUAAAGAUUAGAUUUUUAUGUAAUUUUAUAUGAAUACUAAUAAUAUGAUGCAUAUACAUAUAUAUCAUAAUAAUAAUACAUAGGUUUAUUUCUAACAAUAAGCAAUAAGCUUGGCAUUCAGGUAUUAUUUAAGAAUUCUAUUCUGGAAGUUUUUAGAACCACAGAAAUAUCAAACCACAUUAACUAAACUAUUUAUAAGAUUAAAAAUUAUAAGAAUAAAAAAAUGUCAAGACAUUUAUGAGAAUUCUGACAUGAGAGUGACCAAGGUUCAGGGCUCUAAUUAGUCAUAAAUAGAUAAGAAAUUUUCAUCCUGUUUGAAGCACUAAGUGCAAUCUUAUCUGAGCUGUGAGUGUGUAUAGAAGUUAUUUUGUUUUGUUGUCUGUAUAUCAAGUGUUAAAAUUUCUGUAAAGUUCUGAAUAUUUAGUCUAGUUAAAUAAAUGAUUUUUUUUUAUGAAGUUUUAGUAUUAAAACCGGGAUCUAGAUACUAAAGAAAUAAUGUUACCUAUGAAAUUACUAGUAAAAUUAAUUCUUUUUGCAAUACCAAAUGUCUAUAUUACAAUAAAACAUGUCUUCCUUAUAUGCUUCUAAUGUUAAAAUACUGUUGUUUUUUUAUUUUGUCUUCCCAAUUUCUUAAUUUACAGAAGAUUACAAAUAAAAAUAUAUCUUCAUCAUUUUAUCUUGAUACGACUUUUUAAACAAUCCCAAAAAAUUAAAAUUACUACUCAAUUGUACAUAAUGAGUCGAAAUUAAUCAUUAAAUAAAUCAUUUAACAUUUUCAAUUAAAAAAAUCUAACAAUAGCCUGCCUAGCCUGGAAAUAAACCACCAUUCACAGACAAUGUCAGAAACACGCUAGGCACAAUUCCUUUAGUGUCGGCCAAUUGAUCAGACAUUGACUGUCUUCUUUUCUGUUUUUUUUUUAUUUGGUUUCUUUUUUGGGAAUAUUUUUAGUCGUAUCUUGGGCAGAUUUAAAAUGGACAGGCACAACUUUAUUUCCAGGCCAAUGGACCUUAAUAAACAGUGAUGGACAGAGACUUGUAUUUUAUACUAUGGAGAUUAAUUGUGUAGAUCUCAUACUAUUUCUAUUGUUGUGAUGUGUAGAUAAUGUAAAAUAUCACUAAUAAAAUAUUUCUUUUAUAAGUACA